UUGGUAUGAUGAUUAGAAUAUAACCAGAGGGACACGUUGAAUUCGCCAUAAUCAAGGAAACCUUUUCCGGGUGGGGAUCUCUGAAAUUACUCAGUGAGCAACCCUAAUUAAACCUGAUUUUUUGCUGAUAAUCACUGUCAAUGGAAUCAAAUCACAAAUCCGGGGAUGGAUUGAGCGGCACCCAGAAGGAAGCAGCCCUCCGCGCACUGGUCCAGCGCACAGGAUAUAGCUUGGUCCAGGAAAAUGGACAAAGAAAGUACGGUGGCCCCCCACCUGGUUGGGAUGCUGCACCCCCGGAAAGAGGCUGUGAAAUUUUCAUUGGGAAACUUCCCCGGGACCUCUUUGAGGAUGAACUCAUACCAUUAUGUGAAAAAAUUGGUAAAAUUUAUGAAAUGAGAAUGAUGAUGGAUUUUAAUGGUAACAACAGAGGAUAUGCAUUUGUGACAUUCUCAAAUAAAUCAGAAGCCAAGAAUGCAAUCAAGCAACUCAAUAAUUAUGAAAUUAGAAACGGGCGUCUCUUAGGGGUUUGUGCCAGUGUGGACAACUGUCGAUUGUUUGUCGGAGGAAUCCCAAAAGCCAAAAAGAGAGACGAAAUCUUAUCAGAGAUGAAGAAGGUCACUGAAGGAGUUGUUGAUGUCAUUGUUUACCCAAGUGCUGCGGAUAAGACCAAAAACCGGGGCUUUGCCUUUGUGGAGUAUGAGAGUCACCGGGCAGCAGCUAUGGCCAGGAGGAAACUACUACCAGGAAGGAUUCAAUUAUGGGGACAUCCGAUCGCAGUAGACUGGGCAGAACCAGAAGUGGAAGUUGAUGAAGACACAAUGUCUUCAGUGAAAAUCCUGUACGUAAGAAACCUUAUGCUAUCUACCUCAGAAGAGACCAUCGAAAAGGAAUUCAACAAUAUUAAACCAGGAGCUGUGGAAAGGGUGAAGAAAAUCCGAGACUACGCCUUUGUGCAUUUUAGUAACCGAGAAGAUGCAGUUGAGGCUAUGAAAGCUUUAAAUGGGAAGGUACUGGAUGGUUCUCCUAUUGAAGUGACCCUAGCCAAACCAGUGGACAAAGACAGCUACGUUAGGUACACCCGAGGCACAGGUGGAAGGGGCACCAUGCUGCAAGGAGAGUAUGCCUACUCUUUGGGCCAUAUUUAUGAUCCCACCACAGCUUACCUUGGAGCGCCUGUCUUCUACGCCCCCCAGGCCUAUGCAGCAAUUCCCAGUCUUCAUUUCCCAGCUACCAAGGGACACUUCAGCAACAGGGCCAUUAUCCGAGCCCCUUCUGUGAGAGAAAUUUACAUGAAUGUACCUGUAGGGGCUGCGGGAGUGAGAGGCCUGGGCGGCCGUGGCUAUUUGGCAUACACAGGCUUGGGUCGAGGAUACCAGGUCAAAGGAGACAAGAGAGAAGAAAAACUCUAUGACAUUUUACCUGGGAUGGAGCUCACUCCAAUGAAUCCUGUCACCUUAAAACCUCAGGGAAUUAAACUUGCACCUCAGAUAUUAGAGGAAAUCUGUCAGAAAAAUAACUGGGGACAGCCUGUAUAUCAGCUUCAUUCUGCCAUUGGACAAGAUCAAAGGCAACUCUUCCUGUACAAAAUCACGAUCCCAGCCCUGGCCAGCCAGAACCCAGCAAUCCACCCUUUCACUCCUCCAAAGCUAAGUGCUUUCGUGGAUGAAGCAAAGAAUUAUGCCGCUGAAUACACACUGCAGACCCUGGGCAUCCCCACCGACGGAGGCGACACGGGGACCACUACUGCCACUGCCGCCACCUCUGCUGCUGUCUUCCCAGGUUAUGCCAUCCCUAAUGCCACUGCUCCUGUGUCUGCAACCCAGCUCAAGCAAGCAGUAACGCUUGGACAAGACUUGGCAGCAUAUGCAGCCUAUGAGGUCUACCCUACUUUUGCAGUGACCGCCCGAGGAGAUGGAUACGGUGCCUUCUGAAGAUAUCUUCCUUUUAAAUUAAGAAUAAGUCCUAUACAGCUCUACAGAGAAGAAGUAAACCUCUAACUCAG